AUGAAUUUCGGUUUCACCCAGGAGCAAGUGGCCUGCGUGUGUGAAGUUCUGCAGCAAGGGGGCAACAUUGAGCGCCUCGGACGCUUCCUCUGGUCGCUGCCGGCCUGUGACCACCUGCAUAAGAACGAGAGCGUCCUCAAGGCCAAAGCGGUGGUGGCCUUCCACCGGGGCAACUUCCGGGAGCUCUACAAGAUCCUGGAGAGCUACCAGUUCUCGCCACACAACCAUCCCAAGCUGCAGCAGUUGUGGCUCAAGGCCCACUACGUCGAAGCGGAGAAGCUGCGCGGCAGGCCACUGGGAGCUGUGGGGAAAUAUAGGGUGAGGCGCAAAUUCCCCCUGCCUCGGACCAUCUGGGAUGGAGAGGAGACCAGUUACUGUUUCAAGGAGAAAUCCCGGAGUGUGUUACGGGAAUGGUACAUCCACAACCCCUACCCAUCCCCUCGCGAGAAGAGGGAGCUGGCUGAAGCCACUGGUCUGACCACCACCCAGGUCAGCAACUGGUUCAAGAACCGACGCCAGAGGGACCGUGCUGCUGAGACCAAGGAGAGGUGA